UAAAUUCGAGAGUCACAUGCUCAGCCUGCUGAGCCGCCCCUGCGCCCCUCCGCUUGUUAUUUCAAAGAAACAGCAGACAAAGGAAAAGCCCUGCAACCCAGUAUGUUUACUUUUGUAGGAGAUAUUUGCUCCACUUAGGGAAAGAGGAAGCUCCAUUCGUAAGGGUGUCUCUCUCUGUGUAGCGGAAAGAGGGAGAAUGUCUGAAUCUCCAGAAACUCCGAUCAGUGGAAAAAGCAUCGAUUUCAGUCUGGUUAGCAACCACAGCCUUGGUUACUGGGCUUUGCCUAGUCACCUCCCCAAAUGCUUCCCAAUAGGAUCACGCGUGGAGUUUCCAGAAUGAUCCUUGCUGGUGCCCUCCUCCUCAGAUUCUGUCAACUGAUGAAAACAACAGUGUUGUGUUAAUUACGGGCUCCAGGAGAUUCUCAGUGAGGCCAGGGUUAAGCACGAGGGCUUUCCGUUAUUUUAUGAGUGGAGAGCAGGCUUUGGCUCAAGGAGAGGUAAGAGGGUCUCCGCUGCGUGAGUCUGGGAGGCUGAGGUCCGUGCCGCACGCGGUUCCUAUGCUGUAGCUGAAUGUGUGAUAGUCUGUGGGAGGGGAGGCCCCCUGAAAGCCGAGAAGGAAAAGUCAGGGAUUGGUCUCCACGUAGGAGGUCAUGGUUUCUGAAAGGCUCCUGACACAAAGGACUAGGAAGUUGGGCCUUUUCUGCAUUUCAAAGUCCUGCCUUCAGGCCGAGCAGUUUAGAGGUGCAGACGCUCUGUUGGUGGCUUUAAAGGCAUUUUCUCCUGAUGCAGCUGUGAUUUCUCCACGAGUCUCUUCUGACAAAGAAAUCUAGAGGACAAGGUGAACGACGAAGAAAUGGCCAGUUCUCAGGGACUGCUGACAUUCAGGGAUGUGGCCAUAGAAUUCUCUCAGGAGGAGUGGGGAUUCCUGAACCACACUCAGCGGGAACUGUACAGGGAUGUGAUGUUAGAGAACUACGGACACCUCCUCUUCUUGGGUCUUAUUGUGUGGAAGCCAGACCUGGUCAUCUUUUUGGAGCAAGAGAAGCAACUCUGGGAUGUGAGGAGAAAGGAAACAGUAGCCUUCCAUCCAGGAGACAAUCCUUAUAAAUACAAUGAAUUUGGGAAAUCUGUUAACCAGUCCUCCAGUGUUGGUGAUUAUCAGAGAAUUCACAUGGAAAAGAACUCAUACAGGUGUAAUAAACCUGGGAACAUGUUUAUUCAAGCCUCGGGACUAAAUAUACAUAAUACAGUCGGCACUGGACAGGAAAGUUACAUUUGUGAGGAAUGUGGCAAAGCCUUCGACUGGCACUCAACACUAUCUCAACAUCAGCCAAUGCAUAUUGGAGAGAAACCUUACCAGUGUGGACAAUGUGGCAAGGCCUUUAACCAGAACUCAAUGCUUACUCAACAUCAAAGAAUUCAUACUGGAGAGAAACCUUACAAAUGCAAAGAAUGUGGCCAGGCCUUUAACCAUCACUCAAGCCUUACUCAACAUCACAGAAUUCACAGUGGUGAAAAAACUUACAUAUGUAAAGAAUGUGGCAAAGCCUUUAACCUAAACUCAAAUCUUACUCAACUUCAUAGAAUUCAUACUGAAGAGAAACCUUACACAUGUAAAGAAUGUGGAAAGGCCUUUAAUUGGCACUCAUACCUUGUUCGACAUCACAGAAUUCAUACUGGAGAGAGACCUUUUGUGUGCAAAGAAUGUGGAAAGGCCUUUAACCAACACUCAAAGCUUACUGAACAUCACAGAAUUCAUACUGGAGAGAGAUCUUUCGUAUGCAAAGAUUGUGGAAAGGCCUUUAACCAGCACUCACAUCUGACUCAGCAUUACAGAAUUCAUACUGGAGAGAGACCUUACAUAUGUAAGGAAUGUGGCCACGCUUUUAUCCAGCACUCACACCUGUGUCAACAUCACAGAACUCAUACUUGAGAGAGACCUUUUGUGUGCAAAGAAUGUGGAAAGGCCUUUAACCAACACUCAAAGCUUACUGAACAUCACAGAAUUCAUACUGGAGAGAGACCUUUCGUAUGCAAAGAUUGUGGAAAGGCCUUUAACCGGCACUCACACCUGACUCGGCAUUACAGAAUUCAUACUGGAGAGAGACCUUACAUAUGUAAGGAAUGUGGCCAUGCUUUUAUCCAGCACUCACACCUGCGUCAACAUCACAGAACUCAUACUUGAGGUCAGAAACCUUACCCAAGUAAAGAAUAUGGGAAGGCCUUUCAUCACUGUUCAACUUUUACUCAUUACGACGGAAUUCACAGUGGCCAACAUUACAAAUGUAAAGAACGUGAGAAAACGUUUAAGGACGACUCACCCCUUACUCCACAUCAGAGAAUUCAUAUUGGAGAGGAACCGUGAAAUUGUUAAGAAUGUGGCAAGGCCUUUAUGCAAUGUUAAACCCCGAUUCCUCAUCAGAGAAUGUAUGCUGGAGUGGAUUUUGCAAAUAUAAAGAAUUUGCCAUGGUCUUUAAUAAGAGGUCAAGCAGCAUUCAACAUCUCAGAAUUCACACUGAGGAAAAAGUUAUAAAUGUAAAGAACAUGGGCAAACUUAAGCUGCUCAACCCUUUUCCGUAUCUCAGAGUUUAUACUGAGGAGAAAGAUUACAAUACAAGGGGUGUGUCAAGCCUCUAGCCAGAACUCACAGCCUACUCAGUUAUCGUACAGGAUAGAAACUGUGAAAUGCAAAGUUGCAGUGCCUUUAACUGGAAUUCAAUCUAAACUCUGUGUCCCCAAAUGCAUCCUAUGAAAACCUAGAAACAUCAUGACUGAGGAAAGACCUUCAUUUUAAAUAUUCACUGUAGCAAACACCAGAGAGUGCAUACACGAAAGUAACUUGAAAGAUGUAAAUAUUUAGAAAUGUAUGUAAGUGAACAUCAAAUGUCAAUAAAUAUCACAGAAAUCGAGUAGAAAGCAGUACAUGAGUCAAUCUAUUCAGACGUUACAUCAAAAUAUUCCUUAUAAGGAAUAAUACGAAGUCAAACACUUAGUGUAUAUGCUAUUAUACUUCAAAAGAACAAGUGGAUGGAUUUUUACAUGAGUACAAUUAAUUUCUGUAUGUGCUUUUUUUUUUUCAUUGAUCCUAUCUGGGAUUUGUGACUAGCAAAUAUUAAUGUAUUUGUCUCAGAUAAGUUCAGAAAAUUCAUUUAUUCCUAGUGGGUGUGUGGAAGUAUGUGGUUGAUUGUUGCUAUGUCAGAGGUACGAGACACCCUUCUUCAUUUGUUUGGACUCGAUAUCUAAUUGUCCAUGGAAGAAGGAUGAUGUAAUAAUAUAUGAAGAAAACUUAAAUGCAGAUGCUAUUUACAGUUAUAACAUUAAUGUCAGUUAUCAUGAAAGAGGUGUUCAGAACAACAUUCUUCUCCAUUUAUUAAACUAAAGAACCCCUGUAUGGUAUAAAUAAAACAUUUUACCAUCUGGUCUCUGAGGAAAAAGAGGUGGCAGUCCAGUAAAAUGUAUCCUCAUAAUAGCUGUAGUUACAAGUGGAGAAUGUCCAGGGAUGCGGUUGAGAUGAAAUUCUCACAGAUACCAGAAGAGGAUAGUUAAUUCUUCCCUAAAAUGGUAUAUAAUUAUAUAUACACAUUUUUUAAGAAUGACUUCAUGCCUGAAAAUUAUGGAAAUCACUAAUUCCACACCAUUAUAUCCGCAGACCUUUGCUUUUUAACACUUGUAUUCUGCAUUUUGCAUAAGGAUCAUAGAGUGCAUUUGAAAUUCAUAAAUUAGUUCAUGUGUGAGCUUAACAUAUUUUAAUUAAUAAAAUAUAAUUGAUGU